CGCGGAGGGCGCGCGCUUCGUUUUCGUUCGUCGAGAUCGUCGAAGUUUGCGCGAUUCGGGAAAAGGGUGGAAAAAGGGGAGAAAGAGAGUACAGACGUGACACACGGUCACUUGGAUCGCGGGAAAGUCACGGGACGCGAUUCCGUCGUCGAUCGGUACGCGAGAGAGAAAGAAAAAAGCGACGCGGCGACGUAAUCUCAGCGGAUCGCGCGCGCCUCGCCACUUUGCCGCGCGAAGGUAGCCGCGGUCGCCGCGACGAGCGGGACGGACUUCAGGGGGGUUGACGUACGGGAGGCCGCGCAGCGCCUAGUUCGUCGCGUCGGGUCGUCGCGAUUCCGUAACCGGGCGUAACGUAACGUAACGUAACGAGGCGAGAGGAAGCGUCCGUCCGUGUUCAAGCGCGCAUUGACCGCCACGAUUAGCGGACACAAGCAGGCACAAGCUCGAUUGGAAAGUCAGUAAAGAACGCGGAGAGACGCGAUUACACGAGUGAGCUGGGAGAGACGCCGCCGCCACCACCACCACCACCACCACCACCACCACCACCACCACCACCACCACCACCACCACCACCAUCACCACCACCACCACCACCACCACCACCACCACCACCACCACCACCACCACCGUCGCUCGAUAUUUCUUCACCGAGGUGGUGAACGAGAAUUCUCUGGUUUCCCGGGAGUCGGUCGGUCGUAAGGACCGCCGAUGAUUUCGGGACAUCCGGUAUAACUUGUGUGUCGUGCGGCAGGUUGGACGGUGUGUGAUCAAGAGGAUUCGAGGAGGAGGGUGAUCGUCUCGCACGCGCUCUCUCUCUCUCUCUCGCAUCACCCAACCCCUUCCCUCGUCUCUCUCUACGCGGACCCCGAGCGCCGGGGGUUUACGUCGCCGGGACGGCAGAUGUCAGGAUGCCGGAGCAGAGCAACGACUAUCGCGUGGUCGUGUUCGGGGCGGGCGGCGUUGGCAAGAGUUCCCUCGUGCUGCGCUUCGUGAAAGGGUCCUUUCGCGAGUCCUACAUACCGACUAUCGAGGACACCUACAGACAGGUGAUAAGUUGUGACAAAAACAUAUGCACACUUCAAAUUACGGAUACAACGGGGUCCCAUCAGUUUCCCGCUAUGCAGCGGCUCUCCAUAAGCAAAGGUCACGCCUUCAUCUUGGUGUACUCGGUGUGCUCGCGGCAAAGCCUGGAGGAGCUACGACCGAUCUGGGCCGUGAUAAGGGAGCUCAAGGGCCAAGAUAUCUCGCAGAUACCCAUUAUGUUGGUCGGGAACAAGUGCGACGAGAGCCCGUCGGUGCGCGAGGUGUCGCUGAGCGAGGGCGCGGCCGAGGCGGCUAACUGGGGCUGCGGCUUCCUGGAGACCUCGGCCAAGACGAAUCACAACGUGGACGCCCUGUUCCGAGACCUGCUCACCCUCGAGAAGAACCGCUCGGUCUCGUUACAGCCGGUGCAGAGCAACAACGCGAUAAGACUCAAGGAGAAGUGUGCCGUUAUGUAAAAAAAAAAAAAUCCGCUACGCUCCGAUCCGCAUCGCGUAUGUCGCGAUCCGACGACAACGACGACGACGACACGUGCGAUCGCCGGCGAGACUCCGGAUCCCAAGGUCCGGUUUCGUCAACGACGGACGGCUCGUUCGCGACUCGAAUCCCUUCCGGCGGCUUCCGUCAUCGUCUCAAAAAAAAGGUUUAUGGCGCGUCGUACUUGUUACGUUACGUACGAACGCGGGCCUAGAGAGUAUCUCUGCGAAACUUGGAGUUUUUAAAAUUAUUUUUUAAGAAUCCUUAAGAGGGAGUCUUAGAAUUUUUAAUUUCGAGAACGAUUCCCGGACCUUGACGGGUCAUUACCUCUGCUCGUUCGUCGACGAACGCGAAGGAAUUAACUCGAAUUCGCGUGUGCGUUGCUCGUCGAUGGUGAAGCCUUUUUUUUCUUUUACUUUGAGUUACAUUAUGCAAUAGGCCGCUCGACCGCACAUCGUUUGUUUUUUGUUUUUUUUCUGUGAUCGAUGAUGACAAAUUACUUGGUUUUUCUUUCGACCCCGUCAUGGAAUCGUCCGCGGUAAUCUCGAUCUGCGACGAGGGUAAAAGUAACGAUUACCAAUUUUGACCGGAGAAGAACAGUAGCGCGUCUCUCAGCCGCUGAUUCGGCAAGUCUGAUGGAAUAAUGGUAACGAUCUUAGCAAUACGUUGUAAACUGAUGAUUAAUCACGCAACAUAUCACGAAAUAUGUAGAGAUUUUUAUUCUGGGUGGAGAUUUAAUUUUUAUAGGAAAGAGAUUUAUUCUGCGAAUUAUUACAAAAGAUCUGAUGACUCGUCACAGUCCAACUAUUUUUUCAAAAAUGUUUCCAUAAAUAUCAUACUUUCUUAUUUCAAUAGUAACGAUAUAAAUAAAUGAUAAUAAUAGUAACGAUGUAAAAGUCAUAGUACAAUUAAGUAUAAUUAAUUAAUUAUAAUUGAUUCCUCGAAUUAUAGCGGGGCAAUUCCGAGUUACCGCGAUUGUUGCAAGCGUUUCUUGUCAUAAUUAACUCCAAGCUCUCUAUUUAAUAAUAGCGACAGAUAAUUAGUAAUUUCUACUAAAAUCUCAUGUUCGCAGCGCCGAGAAGACCCCGAUGAUUAGCAUCGUGUAUAAAACGAUUGCAAAAUUAAUCUCGAGCUUAGUCGAGCGAUUAUCAGGAUAAUCGUUCUCGUGAAACUGAAAUUGUCGCUCUCUUUUCGGUUUUCGCUGACGCAUCACUCACGUCGAGAUCGUUCCUUUUGCAUACGAAUAAACAACGAAUUGUCAUGGAAGAUCGACGAGUACAAGGGACGAUUUGUCCGCGAAUUUUUAUCGCUCGAAAUCGAGGUCACGAAAAAGGGGGACGUCCCUUUCUCCGAUUUAGAGAUGGAUUUAUUUGAUCCUUAAACAUCAAUUCUGAUAAAUUUGUAUCGAAUGUGAAAAAUGUUGAAGAUACGCGGAGAAUGUAGACAAGAGACGUGGGUUUAGAGAGAGAGUGAGAGAGAGAGAGAGAACAAAGAUGCAAAUUCUGAAAAGUAACGUUCGUUAAGGGAUUCAGCAAAAUAUACCAAAUGCGAAGAUCGUUAAGAAUGAAUUAUCACCGAGCGCGUAUCUAGACUAUCGGUUAAGUACGUUGAAAAAUAUGAGCGUGAAUGAUGAGGGCUUUAAAAGGGAUUUAGUCACGGGGCCAUUCGGCGUGGUCUUUUUUUGCGGACCGCCUCAAUUUAGCUAACGUGCUGCUGAAUCGAUAACAGACCGGUGCCCUUCCAUGAAAAUUCCGCAAUGCUCCGCAAUCGGAGACUACCGCACGACGAUUAGGGACUGGUGUAAUGCGCGCGCGUGAAAGUUUUUUUGUGAGGAUGACGAGAGAGAUCGAAUAAGAGAGAGAGAGAGAGAGAGAGA